GUACUUUUAUUGAUUGAUUCUAAAGAGGACUUCAGGGUGACCUGAGAAAUGCUGUCUUAAUCUCAAAUGGCUGCGAUUUGUAACUGGAAUAAUACAUCUUUACAUCAUUUCCAAUUGUUCAAGAGUUAAGGAUUUUCUCAUUUUAUCAAAGAGCCAUGGUGUCAUGGAAAGGCAUUUAUUUUGUGUUUGCCUUAUUCAUGGGGAGUUUUUUCGGAAGUAUUUUUAUGCUUGGCCCGUUCCUUCCUUUGAUGUUAAUUUCUCCCGGUUGGUAUCGCUGGAUAACUGACCGCGUUGUAGCCACUUGGCUAACUUUACCCGUGGCUUUGUUGGAAUUGGUGUUUGGGGCUAAAGUGGUUAUCACGGGCGAUGGGUUUAUUCCUGGAGAAAGGAGUGUGAUCAUAAUGAACCAUCGGACACGGCUGGACUGGAUGUUUCUUUGGAACUGCUUGCUGAGGUACAGCUACCUUAGGCUGGAGAAGAUUUGCCUCAAGUCGAGUCUGAAAGCCGUCCCUGGAUUUGGUUGGGCCAUGCAAGUUGCUGCCUUCAUUUUCAUCCGUAGGAAGUGGGAGGAGGAUAAAAAUCACUUUGAAGCCAUGCUGGACUAUUUUUGUGACAUAAAUGAACCCCUCCAGCUGCUCAUCUUCCCAGAAGGAACUGAUCUCACAGAAAAUACAAAAGCUCGUAGCAAUGAAUUUGCUGAAAAGAACGAAUUGAAGAAGUAUGAGUAUGUGUUACACCCAAGAACCACGGGGUUUACAUUUAUUGUGGAUCGUCUGAGGGAAGGUAACAAUCUUGAUGCCAUCCAUGAUAUAACCGUUGCAUACCCUCAUAACAUUCCCCAAACAGAGAAGCAUAUCCUUAACGGAAAUUUCCCCAAGGAGAUCCACUUCCAUGUCCGCAGAUAUCCAGUAAGUAGCCUUCCAGCUUCCAAAGACGAACUUCAGCUUUGGUGCCAGGAGCGUUGGGAGGAGAAGGAAGAGCGCCUGCGUGCAUUCUAUGAAGGAGAAAAAUAUUUUGACGCCUCAAGACGGAGUAGAAUUCCACCCUGCAAAUCGGAAUUCAGAGUCCACUUGAUAAAGUUUGCUUCCCUAUUUUACUGGACCUCCUUUACGAUAGCAAUGCUUGUUGUACUAUACAUGAACAGCUGUGUCAGAUGGUAUUUCCUAAUUAUGGUUGUGGUUUUUGUAGCCCAAGAAAAAUUCUUUGGUGGACUUGAGCUCAUUGAAUUGGCCUGUCACAGGUAUUACACCAGUAAGCAACGCCAAGCUCUGUCGGAAAAAAAAAAAGAAUAAAACUAAGCUCUAUAACCUACAAACUUUAUACACCGUGACAAGUUUUGCAUGAAAAAUGUAUAUCAGUGGUGUCCACUUGGGCUGGACUACCUUGUUGGGCUACAUUUCCCAUAAUUCCUAUAACAUCACCUGUAGAAUUUCGGAGUAUUUUAGGGCAAUUUGUAGUCCAACAACAAUGGGACACCAGUGCUAUAUACAAUUAUAAAGUAUGUAUACAUAUAUAUUUCCAAACAACACAUUGCUGUUUUUUAAGAUACAUUUUGCACUUCUUGAUUAAAAAAAAAGAAAAAAAGGCAAAGAAAAGAAAAAUAAGCCAAAAAAUAUGUGGGAUUUCCAGUGAUAUAUAAUUCCAUCAGUAAGCGUGUAAACCACAUUGUUGAAUGUAAUUCCACCGUAUAUUAACAAUGCAUCGUUAGUUAACUUUGUGAAAUGAUGUUAAGAAAUGUUUUGUGUAGGUAUGUUAAAAGUGCAAUGAAUCUGUUAUAUUACUGAACGGAAGUAAUAGGAAAACGUAUGAAAUUCAGAAUUUUGUAUAAUCUUGUUUAUUCUUAGUAGACAAUCAAGGGAAAUAUUAUUUUU